AUGGAGAACAGAGAAAGCAUUAUGUACAGACUAGUUGGCACACGAGGAGGGAUUGUGCUGGGAGAGAUAGGGUCCAGGCCUUCCUAUCUAGAAAGCUUUUUGCAGGCGCUGCAGCCCUCCUCCACUGUGCAGACAGUCAAAGUGCGCAAUGAUCGAAUUACCUACACAUUCGGCCCCAGCAAUGUGUACUUGGCUGUGUACAAAGAAGCAGAAGUUGAAAGAGAGAUCGAAGAAGCAGUCUGUGAGGCAAAAAAUAAAAUAGAAAAGUCUGAAAACUCGCGGAGUUUAUCCGGCAUAUUCAAGGAUAAAAACGAAAAUAAUGAAGAAGAAGAGGCAGAGAACAAUGCAGAAGCAGAAGACUCAGACCCAGACGAAGAGCCCACUGGAUGGAGCAAAUGGAAGAACCCGGAAAGCAUUCUCAAGCUCUUCACAAAGAAAAAAGAGGUAAGCGAGCAAUCCAUUCAAGAGCAUCUUCUCGGGAGAAAUAUUCCUCACGUGCUCAGCAGAAAAAUAGCCAGCGACAUAGUGUCUGUGAUGAAGAAUGAAGAUAAAGAUGGAGAUGACUCUGAAGUGGACAGGCUAAAAAAGAGCUUCAAAAGGGUAAUUUCUGAAAUAGUUCCUACAAUAUCUCCUGAUAGAAUAAUAGAAGAGAUAGAAGCGCACAAGAAGACUGCAAAGGGCCCGUAUGUAUUUUGCAUGGUUGGAGUGAAUGGAGUUGGAAAGUCAACCACUCUCUCAAAGCUCUGUCUUUGGAUACUCAAGAACAAGUACCGAAUUUGUGUGGCAGCAUGCGACGGCUUCAGAAGUGGGGCAAUAGAACAGCUCAAAAAGUACGUUGAAAGAUACCAGGCUAGAGGCCAUGCAAUCUCUUUGUAUGAAAAAGGAUACAAAAAAGACGAAGCAGCUAUUGCGAGCAAAGCAAUAUCCCAUGCAGUAGAGCACAAGUACGACGUGGUGCUCAUUGAUACAUGCGGCCGUAUGCCAGGGAACACCCAGGCAAUGCUUUCCCUAUCGAAGCUGAUCCGAGUGAACAAACCAAAUAAAAUUUUUUAUGUAGGUGAGGCACUCGUAGGAAACGAUUCAAUAGACCAAAUCAAAGGAUUCAAUGAUUACAUAGAAAGAGCAUGCGUUGACAAGUCGAUAGAUGGCAUUAUCGUAACAAAGUGUGAUGCAGUUGAUGAGAAGGUGGGAACUAUAAUCAGUCUCGCAAAAACAGUGAACAAGCCCGUAGUAUUUAUAGGAGUAGGCCAGAAGAAUGUUGAUCUGCUGCCGUUUGAUAUAGACAACCUGUGCGAGGCAUUAUAUAUAUAG